AUGCCCCUGUUCAGCUGGAUGAAAUGGUCCCAUGAAACAAGAGUGCAGGCUCAGGAUGAAGCAGCACCUCUGAAGUCCCCGGGGGUCGUACCAAGUCGCAUGUUGAUCAGAGAGCUCCUGUGGCAUGUGGAGGAGCGUGAGCGGCUGGUAAGGGAGCUGGAGCGAGAGCACAGGCUAGCCCACAGCACCCUGGGUCUCCACUGGUUUCAAAAGUACCCCAGGUUACGGACUCUCAUCCCCACAUCCGAGCUACACCAGCUGGAGUUCCUGUGUGCCCAGAUCCCACCCAUCCAUGCAGCCACUGUGCUUUCCAGGUUUCGUGAGGUGCUUGCCACAAACAACAUAAGGCCCUGGGAGCUUGCAUCUGUCUUCAAACAGGUUCUGAGGGACUUCCUGAGCCAAAAGGAAUAUGACGAAGAGGACAACCUCUCAGUGCAGCCAGCACAGCUCCGACCAAUGGAGGCAUGGACCAGCCGCUACAUCAUGAAGCAGGGCUUUGUCACACCCACCGUCCCCAACUGUGGAGACCACCCAAGGGAGGAGAUCCCAACUAUCUCUGGAUAUGUGGAUCGGGCCAUGCGGCACUCAGGUUCGUUCGCAGGGUCCACCAGGGACUGGGACCUUCCAUAUUACUAUCCAGUUCCUCUCCGGCCCACAGGGACAUACAGCACUACACUGUGA